CCUCCGCCGCCGCUCAGCUCCCCGGGCGCGUCCAGCAGCCGCUGCGCCAGCGCGCCAUCCCCGGGCCCGCGUGCGUCCCCGCGAGGACAGCGACCCCGCCGCGGCCGCCGCCUCUCGGGCCCGCUUCCUGCCCCCUUCGCACCCCCGGGCGAGGGUGCCCAGGAGCAGGCCGAGGCCGCGCUCGCCCCCGGCCCCGCCACCCUCCCGCCGCUUUGCGCGCCAUGGACGCCCCGGAGCCGCAGCCCGACCCCGACGGCGGGGACGCCCCAGGCCACGAGCCCGGGGGCAGCCCCCAAGACGAGUUCGACUUCUCCAUCCUCUUCGACUAUGACUAUUUGAAUCCUAUCGAAGAAGAACCGAAUGCACAUAAGGUCGCCAGCCCACCCUCCGGACUCGCAUACCCCGAUGAUGUCCUGGACUAUGGCCUCAAGCCAUACAGCCCCCUCCCCAGUCUCCCGGGCGAGCCCCCCGGCCGAUUCGGAGAGCCGGGUAGGGUAGGGCCGCAGAACUUUCUGAGCGCGGCCCAGCCAGCCGGGGCCUCGGGCCUGAGCCCUCGGAUCGAGAUCACUCCAUCUCACGAACUGAUGCAGGCAGGGGGCCCCCUCCGCGGGAGAGACGCUGGCCUGCUGGGGGAGCAGCCGGCCCUGGCCGGGGCGGCCGCCAGCCCGCGGUUCACGCUGCCUGUGCCCGGCUUCGAGGGCUACCGCGAGCCGCUUUGCUUGAGCCCGGCUAGCAGCGGCUCCUCUGCCAGCUUCGUUUCCGACACCUUCUCCCCCUACACCUCGCCCUGCGUCUCGCCCAAUAACGGCGGGCCCGACGACCUGUGCCCCCAGUUUCAAAACAUCCCUGCUCAUUAUUCCCCCAGAACCUCGCCAAUAAUGUCACCUCGAACCGGCCUCGCUGAGGACAGCUGCCUGGGCCGCCGCUCGCCCGCGCCCCGUCCGGCCUCCCGCUCCUCGUCGCCUGGCGCCAAGCGGAGGCAUUCGUGCGCCGGGGCCCCGGUCGCCCCGCUGCCCGGAGCCUCGCCCCAGCGCUCCCGGAGCCCCUCGCCGCAGCCCCGGGACGACGGCGCCCCCGCCGGCUACCCCGCCGCGGCCGGCUCCGCCGUCCUCAUGGACGCCCUGAACAGCCUCGCCGCCGACUCGCCCUGCGGCAUCCCGCCCAAGAUGUGGAAGACCAGCCCCGAGCCGGCGCCCGUGUCCGCCGCCCCGCCCAAGGCCGGCCUGCCCCGCCACCUGUACCCGGCCGCCGUGGAAUUUCUGGGCCCCUGCGAGCAGGAGGAGAGGAGGAACUCGGCCCCCGAGUCCAUCCUGCUGAUGCCGCCCACGUGGCCCAAGCAGCUGGUGCCCGCCCUUCCCCUCUGCAGUAUUCCAGUGACCGCAUCCCUCCCUCCGCUUGAGUGGCCACUCUCCCACCAGUCGGGGUCCUAUGAGCUGCGGAUUGAGGUGCAGCCCAAGCCACAUCACCGGGCCCACUAUGAGACAGAAGGCAGCCGAGGGGCUGUCAAAGCUCCAACUGGUGGCCACCCUGUCGUUCAGCUCCAUGGCUACAUGGAAAACAAGCCCCUCGGGCUUCAGAUCUUCAUUGGGACAGCCGACGAGCGCAUCCUUAAGCCCCACGCCUUCUACCAGGUGCACCGCAUCACGGGAAAAACCGUCACCACCACCAGCUACGAGAAGAUCGUAGGCAACACCAAAGUCCUGGAGAUCCCUCUGGAGCCAAAGAACAACAUGAGGGCGACCAUUGACUGUGCGGGGAUCCUGAAGCUGAGGAAUGCGGACAUCGAGCUGCGGAAAGGCGAGACGGACAUCGGCAGGAAGAACACGCGGGUGCGGCUGGUUUUCCGGGUGCACAUUCCAGAGGCCAGCGGGAGGAUCAUCUCCCUGCAGACUGCAUCCAACCCCAUCGAAUGCUCCCAGCGAUCCGCCCACGAGCUGCCCAUGGUGGAAAGACAGGACAUCGACAGCUGCCUGGUCUACGGGGGCCAACAGAUGAUCCUCACGGGACAGAACUUCACAGCCGAGUCCAAAGUCGUGUUUACUGAGAAGACCACAGAUGGGCAGCAAAUUUGGGAAAUGGAAGCCACAGUGGAUAAAGACAAGAGCCAGCCUAACAUGCUUUUUGUUGAGAUCCCUGAAUAUCGAAACAAGCACAUCCGUGCAUCGGUGAAGGUCAACUUCUACGUCAUCAAUGGGAAAAGAAAACGGAGUCAACCUCAGCACUUUACUUACCACCCAGUCCCAGCCAUCAAGACGGAACCCACCGACGAAUACGACCCCACCUUGAUCUGCAGCCCGGCCCACGGGGGCCUGGGGAGCCAGCCUUACUACCCACAGCACCCGAUGGUGGCUGAGUCCCCCUCCUGCCUCGUGGCCACUAUGGCGCCCUGCCAACAGUUCCGCUCGGGGCUCUCGUCCCCCGACGCCCGCUACCAGCAGCAGAACCCAGCGGCCGUCCUCUACCAGCGGAGCAAGAGCCUGAGCCCCAGCCUGCUGGGCUACCAGCAGCCGGCCCUCAUGGCCGCCCCCCUGUCGCUGGCGGACGCCCACCGCUCCGUGCUGGUGCACGCCGGCUCCCAGGGCCAGAGCUCCAGCCUGCUGCACUCCUCUCCGGCCAGCCAGCAGGCCUCGCCGGUGAUCCACUACUCGCCCACCGGCCAGCAGCUGCGCUGCGGUGGCCACCAGGAAUUCCAGCACAUCAUGUACUGCGAGAAUUUCGCGCCCGGCACCGCCAGGCCCUGCCCGCCCCCCGCCAGUCAAGGUCAGAGGCUGAGCCCGGGGUCCUACCCCACGGUCAUUCAGCAGCAGAAUGCCACCAGCCAAAGAGCCGCCAAAAACGGACCCCCGGUCAGUGACCAAAAGGAAGUAUUACCCGCAGGAGUGACAAUUAAGCAGGAGCAGAAUUUGGACCAGACCUACUUGGACGACGAGCUGAUAGACACACACCUUAGCUGGAUACAAAACAUAUUAUGAAACAGAAUGACUGUGAUCUUUGAUCCGAGAAAUCAAAGUCAAAGUUAAUGAAAUUAUCAGGAAGGAGUUUUCAGGACCUCCCGCCAGAAACCAGACGUAGAAGAUGCCAUUAGCAAGCCACCUUCCGUAUCUGACCCCUCGGAGCCUUCCGCUGCCUCUCACCUUCUGUUCUCUUUCCUGUACAUCUCCUGGCCCGGAGGCCACACGCGGGACCAUGUUCUGGCGAAAAGCUGACCCUCGAUUGAGGAGCUCGCCACCUCUCUGUGUAAACACCAGGGAGAACGCUCUGCCUUUUUGAUUUUUGUUUUAAAUCCCAAAGAGCAUCUCGGUUGACUUUCA